UGGGUGGGGCCUGGGCCUGCUUACACAACCACACCCACCGGCCGCCUGAUCAUUGCAUGCAGAGGAGUAGAUGUGCCCAGUCAGAGUAGAGACCAACCAGUGAUUCUUCUUCUCCCUGGGAAAAGUGGCUGUGAGGCAACAAGAUGGCUUGGUGGAAAGCUUGGGUUGAACAGGAAGGUGUCACCGUAAAGGGAAGUUCCCACUUCAACCCAGACCCUGAUGCAGAGACACUCUACAAAGCCAUGAAGGGGAUUGGGACCAACGAGCAGGCCAUCAUUGAUGUGCUCACCAAGAGAAGCAACAUGCAGCGGCAGCAGAUCGCCAAGUCCUUCAAGGCUCAGUUUGGCAAGGACCUCACUGAGACCUUAAAGUCGGAGCUGAGUGGCAAGUUCGAGAGACUCAUAGUGGCUCUCAUGUACCCACCAUGCAGAUAUGAGGCCAAGGAGCUGCAUGAUGCCAUGAAGGGAUUAGGAACCAAAGAAGGGGUCAUCAUUGAGAUCCUGGCUUCUCGGACCAAGAACCAGCUACGGGAGAUAAUGAAGGCAUAUGAGGAGGACUACGGGUCCAACCUGGAGGAAGACAUCCAAGCAGACACUAGCGGCUAUCUGGAGCGGAUCCUGGUGUGCCUCCUGCAGGGCAGCAGAGAUGAUGUAAGUGGCUUUGUGGACCCAGGACUGGCCCUCCAAGAUGCACAGGAUCUGUAUGCAGCGGGUGAGAAGAUCAAUGGGACUGACGAGAUGAAAUUCAUCACCAUCCUGUGUACACGCAGUGCCACUCACCUGAUGAGAGUGUUUGAGGAGUAUGAGAAAAUUGCCAACAAGAGCAUUGAGGACAGCAUCAAGAGCGAGACACAUGGCUCAUUGGAGGAAGCCAUGGUUACUGUGGUGAAAUGCACCCGGAACCUCCACAGCUACUUUGCAGAGAGACUUCACUAUGCCAUGAAGGGAGCAGGGACUCGUGAUGGGACGCUGAUACGGAACAUUGUUUCAAGGAGCGAGAUUGACUUAAAUCUUAUCAAGUCUCAAUUCCAGAAGAUAUAUGGAAAGACUCUCAGCAGCAUGAUCAUGGCUGACACCAGCAGUGACUACAAAAAUGCCCUGCUGAACCUGGUGGGCAGUGACUCCUGAAGACACCAGAGAACAACGGUGGCGAGAAGCCAGAGACCAGGCCCUGCUGCUUCAGCCUUACCCAUGAAUGGGGGCGGGGGAGGGAACACCUUCAGUCAGCUUUUAGUCUUUGUCUUCCAGUUUCCAGGUGCUUUUCAACCAAUGCUCUGACUCAGGUGAGACCAGCCUGGGGUUGUUUUUCCACUUCUCCCCGAUGUCAUGUCCAGGUGUUUGCACAUUGCCCACCCUAGCAUACCUCUGACCAAACAAAAGCAUCAGCAUGAAGUGUCCCGCAGGAGCUCAUGACUCACUCCUUCUUCUCACAAAAUCACCUGGGCACAGGAUACACAGAAUCAAGGUCUCUGGAGAAGGAACCAAUGAGCAUGGAUUUCUAGCAGGUGUCUAAACUGAGAUGCUUCAUUAUUGGGCAACCAGUGAGGGUGUAGGAGAGUACUUCUAAGACAUACCUGUGGGAGCUGAGAAAGGGUCACAUAUCUGUGUGUCUAAACAUCCGUUCACCCACUUCGCUGGAAAACGUCAGGCUGUAGGUAGAAGUAAAUUCUUACAUCCUCCUAAUGACAGAGCAAGUAGAUCAGACUACAAAUCAAUGCACUGAUCCAAGGACACUGCGGCCUACAAGGCUCAGGCUUGACCAGUUGUUGGCCAAAUCAGCUGCUCCUUUCUUCCAUGCAAAGCUUGUGGCAUAGGAAAACACCCAGCCAAGAGGCCUAAAUCUUGCCCUACUCCUACUCCUACUCCUAUGGUCUCUGAGCCUGGAGAAGCUGAGAGACGUCUUCCUAAAUGUCUGUUGGGCUUUCAUAAUAAUAAACAUUUGUACUUUCAAAAA